GCAGAUGAAAUAGAAUUAGUUCACAUCUUAUCUAAAAAUUAUGCGCUGGCAAAAGACUCAUAUGUUUAUGUGGAAUCUGAUAAAUUAAAUCAAAUAAUACUCAAACUUGAUGCAGUAACAGACCAAUAUGGUAAACUUCAUGAUGAUUUUAACUUCACUAAUAAAU